AUGAGCAUCCCACCUGAGAAGAGGGAGUGGUUGUGCAUUAUCCCGGAUAAGCCGGGUAUGCUUGAGAAGAGACUUGAGAUUCGGCCAACCCAUAUUGCAAACCUCAAACCACUCAUUGAGUCCAAACAGAUUGUCACGGGUGGACCAAUGUUCCGCGACGCCCACCCCACCGAAGGCAAACCCGCCAACUUCAAAGGAAGCGUGAUGGUCUUCCGCGCUGCGACUGAAGCCGAAGUGCGUGACAUUCUGAGCAAUGAUGUUUAUAGCAAGGGGAAUGUAUGGGAUUUGGAGAAUUUGCAAAUUAUUCCUAUUGCCAUUGUUGUUUGA